UUUAACUACACAAGAAAGAAACUUGCCAGAGACAUUUCUUCCCAACAUAGUAAUAAAUUGCUUCACCCACUCAAAACGGAAACGGAGAAAGCAUUUUUUUGUGGUUUUCUAAGACAGACAAGUCCCUGUUCGGCACUUUCUUCCAUAUAGAAUACCACUCAUCAUCUUCGUAUUUUCUCUUUUCCCCAUUUUCAUUUCAUUUUCUAUCUGCCGGACGGAAAUUUUUAAGUUGUGCGUUUCACGAAUAUGACUGAUCUGCCCAUGGAAUUCGAUACUAACGGCGAGAUAUGGGAUUGGCAAUGUGGGGAAACUUUUCUUCAAGACAGUGAGAGUUUUGGGCUGCAGCCUCAAACAGACGUAUCAGGAUGUCCAUGGAUUGGUGUAACUGAAAAAAACAAAGAUAUUUCCUACAUGUUUGAUGAUGAGACAACCCCGGUAAAGGACUGGAGUGACUUGACUUUCAAUGUCAAGGAUGUUACAAUCAAGCAAUUGGAGCAGUGCAGAGAACCUUCUAAACUGGUAAAAAGACGUAGAAUGCUACAAUUUGACGCUGAGACCCUGGACACUUCUGGUUCAAAUGAAGAGCUUGCAUUAACUUUCUUAAAAUCAAAGGAGAGGGAUGCAUAUUUUGAAGAAACUAUAAGUGCGGUGUCAGAGUGGUUAUCCGAAUGUGCAGAUGGUGCAACAUCUUCGGCUCACGAAGGCUUUGAUGAGUCAUCUGAAGAAUGGCUUACUGAUUGCUUUAAUGAUCCUGAGUUGCAGAUUAUUUCCGAGGAUAUGAAUGCAUCUGGAAUAUCUGAUUUUCAAGCAGACACAAUGGAGGUUGUCAAUUCCCCACCAGAAUGCGAGAUAACUAUGGUUAAAAGCAGUCCUGCUCGUACUUAUGGAAACAUUGUUUUCAAAGGUAGUAAUGAGUACACAAAGACUCCCGAGAAAGGUGCAUCUUCUGUAGUUUACCCAUUUGGAUUUAUCAAACCCUGCCGUGUUCGAGGAGAUAUGACUUUAAAAGAGAUUAACGAAAAGAUACACACUCCGCCACCAUCUAAAUCAAAUCAAAGCAAUCAAGAUCCACCUUCUUAUCCGACAUCAGCUUUUUCCGGGAAGCCUGUUAUUGGCAAGACGAAAAUUCACACAGAGGGCGGAAGAGGCAGCAUAACAAUCAUGAGAACUAAAGGAUGAUCUUCAAAUGGUCUUUUCUUGGACAAAUUUUACCAUGGGGUUGCUCCAAAUUCCUUAGACAAAGCAAUUUCAUGGUACUGUUUUAGGUCUUCAGCACAUAAGUUAAGUUGUGAAUCAGCCUUUUAUUAGGGAGAAAAUGUGGAGACUUAGUAGUGGAUUAGUCUCCCAUUAUUUUGGAAUCUCCAUGUAUUUUGGUUUAUUAGAUUAAUGCUUAUCUAUUUUGAGAAGUUAGCAAUUUUUUUGGGUACUUAUCUGUCAGGCAAUGUAAGCAUAAUAUGACAGGAUUCUACACAUGUGAUGUAGUGUAAUUUAUGCAAGUCAUUAUCUUAACAUG